UUCACGGAGUAAGGAAAAUUAGAGGGGACUGGAAGAAAGUUCCCGGGCUGUGAUCCUUCGGAGCGCUGCCGGACAGCUGCGAGCAAAAAAGAGCGGUCCCCCUUCCUAGCUCCCAGUCAGAGGGCGCCGCCGGAAAACAAAGGCGGCCUUGCCCGCCCUUCCUUCAUGUCGCCGCCGCCGCCGCAAUCGGCGGUCUUCUUCGAGCGGGAGCUGCCCCGGCGGGACGGCUCUGGGAUCCUUCGGCUGACGCAGCGUUCGGCCGGCGGGACGGGCUCGGUGGUGUGGGACGCCGCGCUGGUGCUGGCCCGCUUCCUAGAGAAGAACGCGGCACAAACAGAGCAGAGCGGCGGAAGCCCGGUGGGCCUUCUCCGCCACAAGGCCGCGCUCGAAUUGGGCGCCGGCACCGGCCUCGUCGGCCUCGUGGCCGCCAGCCUCGGAGCAAAUGUUACUGUUACUGAUCUGGAGGAAGUUCAGGACUUAUUAAAAAUGAACAUUGAGAAUAAUCAACAUCUUGUAUCAGGUUCAAUUCAAGCCAAGGUACUGAAAUGGGGGGAAGAUGUGACAGAUUUUCUUCCUGCACCUGAUUUCAUAUUGAUGGCAGAUUGCAUCUACUACGAAGAGUCACUGGAACCAUUGAUUAAGACCCUGAGGGACUUGGCUGGCUUGGAUACUUUCAUCCUUUGCUGUUAUGAAGAAAGGACUGUGGGACAAAACCCAGAAGUAGAGAAAAAAUACUUUGAGCUUCUUCAGAAGGACUUUGAGUUGCAAAAGGUUCCCUUGGAUGAACAUGAUGAAGAAUAUCAGAGUGAAGACAUUCAUAUCCUUAUCAUGCAAAAGAAAAAAAUAGCUUGUGAACAAGGCAUAUACAAGACGGAGUAAUGUCAAGGCCUAAUC